CUCGUAGGUGCCAUUCUUUAUGGAGCCAGUCGGGAAUUUCUUUUCCCUCCAGUCCUCUAUUUACCUGUUGGUCAUUCUUAAAACCCGGAGAAACGGAGUUUAUAUUUCGGAGGCUCGGAGUGACCAGAGCAACGUAAUUGGGCAUGCUCAGAAGGUUGGCCUGGUUUGGAAAACAAACGUCUUGAACGAGGGCUUGCAGUGCUGCUUGUUUCCGGAAUUGGAGGCAUCUGUCUCCCCUGCAUUAUCUUGGGAGAUGGCACCCCCUCCCACCUCCUUGGCACUCUCACUUUUUUCGAUACAUCCGUGUGCCUAAUUUUGGAGCCAGCCCUCCUGGAUCUCCUGGCCAAUCAAGAGGCCACACAUUGUUGCCUGAGAGACCCCGGAUGCCAGCGAAAGGAUUUAUAGAGGAUGAUUGGACUAAUGGGAAGCUAGAGGGUGGGGGCUGGGCAAAGUCAAAGGAAAAGCAGCCAUGGCAACACCAGCGCUUGAGGCUUGAAGAGGGGAGUCCAGCUGAAAGAGGUAUAGUUGUUCUUAUAGAAGAAUAUCCAGUCAUUUCAUGAUGGCUUUUGCACCUCCAAAAGGCACAGAUGGUCCCAAAAUGCAGACAAAGAUGAGUACUUGGACACCCUUAAACCAUAAGCUUUUGAAUGACCGGGUAUUUGAAGAAAGAAGAGCUCUAGUUGGAAAAUGGUUUGACAAAUGGACAGACUCUCAAAGGAGAAGAAUCCUGACAGGCCUGUUGGAGCGCUGCUCCCUGUCACAGCAAAAGUUCUGCUGUCGAAAGCUCCAGGAGAAAAUCCCAGCAGAAGCUCUGGAUUUCACCACCAAGCUCCCCAGAGUGUUGUCCUUACGCAUCUUUUCUUUCCUGGACCCAAGAAGCCUCUGUCGUUGUGCCCAGGUGAGCUGGCACUGGAAGAACUUAACUGAGCUGGAUCAGCUCUGGAUGCUCAAAUGUUUGCGGUUUAACUGGUACAUCAAUUUCUCUCCAACUCCCUUUGAGCAGGGUAUAUGGAAGAAGCACUACAUUCAAAUGGUGAAGGAGUUUCAUGUUACCAGACCUAAGACAUCUCCAAAAGAUGGGUUUGUGGUUGCUGAUGUUCAACCAGUGACAGGCAGUUCUCCAGAGGAAAAGCGGUCUCCGUCAUCGGCUUUCCGGUCUCCUUCCUCUUUAAGAAAGAAGAACCACUCGGGGGAAAAAGAACUCCCACCCUGGCGAUCCUCUGACAAGCAUCCAACUGAUAUCAUUCGCUUCAAUUACCUGGACAAUUGUGACCCCUUCGAGCAGAUCUGGCAAGGAAGAAAGAAAAGACAUGAAACGACCCCAGAUUCCAGCCGACAGUCACAUGAUAAGAAAAAUAAACUGCGGGACAGAUCUAAGCUAAGAAAAGCACAGUCGCUGAAUCAAGCGGUGGUUUAAAUCCUGGUCUCUGGAAGGGACUGACCAGCUGUGUAAUCUUGAAGAUGCCCUUCACUUAAUCUUCUGGGCCUUGUUUUCUCCUCUGUUUAAAACAAAACAAAAAGACUAGAUGAACUGAUGUGUAUGAAUCUGCUUUGAGAACUAUACAAUAUAAAGGGAACAUCCUUAUCAUUUCGGUUUUCCUUCUGCUAUGAGCCCUUUGGUGGGGGUGCUAUAGAAAUUUCUCUACAGAAAUCACUGCUCUAUAGAGUGAAGGUUCCACUGACCUAAGAAAAAGGUGCACUUUCCUGCUACCAGUGGAGUAUGAUCACAAUGGUGCAUUUCAAGUAACUGCAGAAAAAAUGAACUCAGAACUUUUCUCUCCCUAAUGAAAAAAAUAGCUACUUGGUGACCUAAUAAAGUCAGUAAUUGUGUCCAGGGAACAUUAUCAUUUCAUGGCAGAGUUUUCCAAACUGAUUCUAUAGCCCCAAUGGAUCCCUUUGAGCACAUGAGUCUUUGGUGCAAGGUAGAAGGGAAUAAGAAGGGAAUCAAAAGUUCACAUUAUUAGUAAAGAUUUAGAAGAAGAAAAAAAAAGCAGCUGAGGAUACACACUGAAGGCAAAUGAAUAUAAAAUGAAUGUGAAUUGGGAGGAGAAAAAGUAGGUACUCGUGAGUAAAUCACUUUGAUAGCUCUGCUUUAAAGCCCUAUUACUUUCCAUUUAAAUUUAUUUUCAAGUGUUAUUAUAUUCAAAAAAGAGAGAGUGAGAUGAGCUUUUUCAAAUAGGGCUAUUUGUAUUCUGAGGGACCAGUUUUGUUGGGCUGGAUGAGGAUUAUCACAGGCAGAUGUGCAAAUGCCCGAGGGAAUGGGGAUGCUUAAAGCAGAGCAGUAAAAUUGUCAGUGAAAACCAUUAAUCGAGAGAAAUAACUUUAUGAGGCUUUAUCACACAGGCCAUUCAGACAUGCUCCUGUCUGGUUUCCCGGCCUCUCCUAAGCCAGGAGGACAAGAGCGAUCUGGGGGAGAUGAGGGAAUUGAAGGACGAUAAAAAUUGAUGGUAAUGUAUGCUUACGAAUGAUCAGCACAAACAUUUCUCUGGCUUAAGAAGGAACAGAACAACAAAAACCAAAGGCUAAACAGAAGCCUUCUCCGCGGGCUUUUGACAUUAACCAUCUGUCACAUGUUAGCAGGGCUUGCUUAAGUUGAAAUAUUUGUUAUAAAUGAAAAACUUUAAAAGUUGCACUGCUAAUUAAAGCCCCAAAGGGAAACCAGGACAGAUUAAACAACGAUAAAGAACUAUUAUGCUAUGAAUAAAUAAAGUUUGUGACUGUAUUGAUCUACUUGUAUUGUUUAUGUAACUAUACUAAUUACAAUCACUAUUUAUGUUUAGUAGUUUUGCUGAGGAGCACAGGCAUAAUCAAACCUUCCAAAAGUACGUGGAGGUCUUGGUCUGGGUGACGAUGCACAUUAUAACUG